GCGGUCCGGCGGUCGGCGCGCUCGCCUGGGGCCUCGCACGCGGCGCGGGACGCGCGGAGAGGAGCGGGUGCGGGGCCCGCGCGUCGCGCCGCGGCCUCUGCGGACGCUCCAUGCCGGCUUGGCGGCUGCUGGCACGGGCCGGUGCCCAGGCGCUCGGCUGCGGCGCCCGCGGCCUCGGUGCCGGCCCGGGCCCGAGGAGCAGAUCAGAUGUCUGGCUUGUUGUUAGAAGUCUCCACAGCCGGAGUGCAACUUGGUGGGACGAGCAUCUCUCGGAAGAAAAUGUCUCCUUCGUGAAGCAGUUGGCAUCGGAAGAAGAUAAAGCUCAGCUAGCGAGUAAACUGAGUCCUCUGAAAGAUGACCCCUGGCCUAUACAUCCUUGGGAGCCAGGGUCUUUGCGCGUCGGCGUCAUCGCCCUGAAGCUGGGCAUGAUGCCCCUGUGGACCAAGGACGGGCAGAAGCACGUGGUCACGCUGCUGCAGGUUCAAGACUGUCAUGUCUUAAAGUACACUUCGAAGGAAAACCAUAAUGGCAAGAUGGCGGCCCUGAUGGUUGGAGGGAAGACAGUGUCCCGCUUCCAGAAACCUCCAUCUCAAUUGAAAUUUUACCAAGAACUCGGGUUACCGCCCAAGGAGAAAGUGAAGAUCUUCCACGUAACAGAGAACGCCGCCAUCAAGCCAGGCACCCCCCUGUUCGCAGCCCACUUCCGGCCCGGCCAGCACGUGGACGUCACGGGCAGAACUAUCGGCAAAGGAUUUCAGGGCGUGAUGAAGAGAUGGGGGUUCAAAGGGCAGCCGGCCUCGCAUGGACAGACCAAAACCCACCGGCGGCCCGGAGCCAUCUCCACCGGGGACGUCGCCCGGGUGUGGCCGGGCACGAAGCUGCCGGGGCGGAUGGGGAACGUGGACCGCACGUCUUUCGGGCUCAAGGUGUGGAGGAUAAACACGAAGCACAAUAUCAUCUACGUCAACGGCUCUGUGCCCGGACACAAGAACUGCUUAGUAAAGGUGAGAGACUCCAGCCUGCCCGCCUACAAGGACUGCGCCAGGGACCUGCCCUUCCCCACCUACUUCCCCGACGGCGACGGCCAGGAGCUGCCCGAGGACCUGUACGACGACAGCGUGUGGCAGCCCGGCGCCCCCUCCGUCAGCUUUGCCUAGCGGCUCCCGGGGGCGGGCGGGGGCGGGC